AUGUCGACGAAUUGGGGUUCAUCAAACGGAUUCGAACUGAGGAACAAAAAGCAGAGCUCUGGCUGCACAACGCCAACUUUAGCCUUUUCGGAGACGACAGUAGUGGCGAACCACUCUCUGGUAUUCGUGAACUCAUCCGCCGGAGAUGCGCUCAAGGACAAUCCUACAGAGUGGAACAACCCGAGAAAUGCCCGGAAAUCCAUUCAAUUGGCAAAUGCGGCUGAGCAGAUCAACGAAAGCUUUCGCGUCAGCGAUGAGAAUUUCCCACACUCAUACUGGCCAGUACUGUCGUGGAAUCUGGGAGGGGCAGCAGCUCCAAUGGUCGGCCUGCCGCUCAUGGAGAACUUUGGUGUGAGGAAGAGCUACAUGGUGAUUCACGCUGCCUUGAUCAUAUUCAUUGUCCCACAGGCUGCAGCAUCAAACUUUGCUACACUUAUCAUUACACGCAUCAUUACUGGUGCCUGCUCUGGGGUUCUCUCAAACAUCACAUCUGGAAUUGUGAGCGACAUUUGGAGAGCGGGGCGAGCGAAGAGCUUUAGUACUUCACUUUACAUCUGGUCACUGCUGGCUGGCUUAAGCAUGGGGCCAGUGUUUGGCAGUGUUACUGUAAAUUACACUACCUGGCGAUGGAUAUUUAUCGCUCAAAUCAUCUUCUAUACCGCGCUCUUGCCAGUCGUAUUCUUCCUGUUACCCGAAGUCAGGCCCGAAGUUAUCAUCGCGCAUUACGACCUCGCGACAAAUCAGGAGACUGCACAUGUCAAACAUACUGCAACCAACUCUGACAAUUCGCACAAAACUAUCCAAGACAUACUCGGGGAGACACUCAUCCGGCCGACUCGAAUGCUUUGCACCGAGGGCGUGGUACUCUCCUUUGGUCUCUGGUCAGCAUUCUGCAUUGGGAUCGCAUUCAUGUUCACGCAAUCCAUCAUGCAGGUCUAUUCUGAGUUGUACGAGUGGAGUUUCUUUGAAACGGGUAUCGUACAAUCCGCAAUAGUUAUUGGAGAGCUGAUCGGACUCAUGGCAUCGCUCCUCCAGGAUCGACUAUACUUUCGCUCGGCAAAGCAUAAUAUUGAGACGCCUGGAAAACCAGUACCAGAAGCUCGUCUUUACCUUAGUAUACCUGCAUCCUUCUUUGGCCUCAUGGGCGGCCUCUUCUUCUUUGCAUGGACAUCAUACUCGAGCAUACCGUGGAUAGUCCCCAGCAUUGCACUGUCUUUCGUGGGCUUCGGAAUGUUCUGUAGUACUGCUGCACUCACGACAUACGUUGUGGACGCGUAUGCUAAAUACGCAGCUAGCGCAAUAGCUGGCAUCGCUUUCCUUGAGAACUUCAUGGCCGCGUUCUUACCAUUGGCCACUCAAAGCAUGUAUCGAACACUCGGGUUUCAGUGGGCAAGUAGCUUACUAGGGUUUGUUGCCUUGGCAUUGAGCUUCAUCCCUCUGGUACUCCAAAAAUUUGGCAGUAGGAUUAGAGCGAAGAGCCCAUUCAUGAGUCAGGCAGGUUAUGAUAACUGA